UGACAUUAGACGGUAGUGGUUCGCUGGGAGCAUAAUUAUUCGGUGAUUGAUAGGUGGGUGCAUGAAAGUGAAUUAAUUGAUGGGUACAUAGUGAAACGUUUUAUUUGGACUGUUGUGGUUAGUGAGCGCGAGAAUUGUCCUCCAGUGAAAAAGUGGUGUUGUGAUAGCUAUAUCGGACCAACUAAGAACAACAGUUAGUAGCAAAUUAAGGAUUUUGUGACCGCAAGUGUAACUUGGAUACCACCAACAGCGAUGAUGUCAAGCGCAUUGCAUAGCGAUCAUAUCCUGCGGCCCCCGCAGGAAAGUGCAAUUUCGAAACCGCGAGCCGUCUACAGCAUCGAUCAAAUUUUGGGGAAUCAUAACCACCAUCAUCUAAGGACUACCAACAAUAACAUCAUCAGUAUCAAUAAAAACGAUCACGACAAUUCCCUGAAGCGCGAGAACUCACCGGUGGAAUCGCAUGAAAAUGGCGUCGAUGUGGACAACGAUGACGAGCUGCCCAUCAUGGGUGAACUGGACGGGAUGGACGGGGACCCGAAUGAUAUGGGUCGGCCGAGAAAGAUUCGACGAUCUCGUACCACGUUUACUACCUUCCAACUGCAUCAGCUGGAGCGAGCCUUCGAGAAGACACAAUAUCCGGAUGUGUUUACCCGGGAGGAACUGGCCAUGCGGCUGGAUCUGAGUGAAGCGAGAGUUCAGGUAUGGUUCCAAAACCGUCGUGCAAAGUGGCGCAAACGAGAAAAAGCCAUGGGUAGAGACACAUCUGCUUUUCUACACCACGACCAAGGAAUGCCUGAAUUUCCGCUGGGACUCCCGCUGCCGCACCAAUUGACCCACCCGAGUCUACCGCCGACCGAGUUCUGGUCGGCUAACUUUGGUCUGCAUCCAACGCUGCUUCCGGGCUCCGGUCAUCCGUUGAUUCACCCGAACAUGAUGCCGAACUACAAAAUCCCGCACUUCCACUCGCUGCUGUCGCAGUACAUGGGACUCAACACGUUGUUCGGGGCGGCUGCAUAUCCCCAGAACCUAAGCAUAAACACCCGACUGAGUCCACCCAACAGUCCGAAGGAGAGCCCGAACGGUGGUGGACCCGUUGGAAUCAGUAACACCAGCAGCAGUAGCAACAGCAGUAGCAGCUCCAGCAGUACUAGCAGCAAUGUCAGUGUUGGCAGCAACAGCAUCAACACGAGCAAGGAAAGCCUGGCGGAGAAGUAAGCCGCUUCGGUUGGAUUGGCGAGUGAGGAUGUCGAGAUGCAAUAUUUAUUGUUAAUUUAUUGAGUUGAGGCAGAAGCGUGUGAAUUUUGAAUGUUUGUAGGUACUUACCUUUCAGUAGUCUUCUCUCGCGGGUUACGAUCGAAGUUUGAGGGUUUGGGAGGAAAAAAACGAUGUGCAGCGCGUUGAAAAACCAGUGUCUCCAGUUUGUUUUGAUUGCGAUUCGAAUGGAAAAUCGUUUGACAUAAGUAAGCUUCGAAACACCGGACUAUUCUAGUCGGCGUUAGUAGAUAUGAGUCAGUGCUGUAAGGUUUUUUCUCCCAGUUCAGCAAACAAAAGUACGUUGAAUUGCAUUAAAUUCUUUCCUCUUAUUCGAUUUGUCCAUCGGGUGAGAAAGGUGGCUGCUAUUCGGAAAGCUCAUUGGUUUCCGCGCGGUGUUGUUUGAAGUGUAAGAGAACAUUCACGAAACGUCAGAAUGAAAAAAAAACAGUUAACCAAAUUACCAUUGGUGUACGUAAUCAAAUCGUCAAGGUCGACCGGAAUCGGCCCUCGGAGAGCAGCUCAACACAAACAAGCCUUGAGCUCUUGAUUCGAACCGUAGAACAAAGAAUAUUAUCAUAGUCAUGCUUUUAUUUGUAUAUUGUUCUAAGCUGGAAUGAAAUUGUAAAUAGCGAAUAAUUUAACUCAAA